AUGCUAUUGGUCCCAUGUGCGCCAUUCGUGCAGGGGACUGUCCCCUCGCCGGCGCAGCCAUGUUGUGAUAACCUCCGACAGCUGUACAACCAGCAACCAGGUUGCCUAUGCCUCUUGCUGAAUGACACUGCAUUGAGCUCUUUUCCUAUCAAUACUACACUUGCUCUGCAGCUCCCACUUCUUUGCAACCUCCAAGUUGACUUCUCUACAUGUUCAGGGGUGCCUAUGCCUCCCAGUUCACCUGUUUCUCAAGGCCCCUCUGGGACACACCCCAAUUCCUCCAUAGCUGGCUGUAUGUUUUUCUGUGAUUCUUUAAGAACUACUGUUAGUCUUUGGUCCUGGUUUAUUUACAAUCCACUUGCUUGUUUUCUGGGAAUUUCAGCCGCUCCUAUGGUCACUGUGGCACCUAGAACCAACAUCAUGGGUUUUGAAUUUGGCCGUAGUGAUGGCACAGAGUUGAAGAUAAAAGGUCAAACAGUCAUGCUGGUCGCUGCAAUAGCAUUCAUACUGCUGAGUCCUGCAUAG